AUGCAGCCACACGUAAAGCACAUGGAUGUUUUCGUCCGAACUGGUGUGUGGUUCGUCCAGAUCGCGAACAAUUUCGGCCAGAAUAAGGAGUAUUCACAAGAAGAACGCGAUGAGUUUCGGAAAGAUCCGAGAAAGCUAGUUGCGCACGCUAAAGACAUCGAGAACCAGGUAAACGGGCUUUGGGGGGCAUUCUAUGCUGGAAGUCAAUCGCAGAAGGACGCUCAAGUCCUGUUUAGAGAACGAAUGAAGGAGUUCCUCAAGGAUGAGCGGCUUUUGGAAGGCUUCACGCCAAAGUUUGAAGUUGGCUGCCGACGCAUAACCCCAGGUGAUCCCUAUAUGAAGGCUAUACAGGAGCCAAACGUCGAUGUUCACUUCACAGCUGUCAAUGAGAUCACUGAAAAGGGUGUGGUUGGCGCGGACGGCAUCGAGCGCGAAGUCGACACAAUAGUUUGCGCAACUGGCUUCGAUGUAACCUACCGUCCACGCUUCCCCAUCAUCGGCAAAAAUGGCGUCGACCUCUACGAAAAGUGGAAGAAUGAGCCUGAAGGCUACCUCGGUCUCGCAUGUCCGGAUAUGCCCAACUGGUUGAUGUUCAUCGGACCAACCUGGCCUGUAGAAAAUGGCUCAGUCACCGGCCCUCUACUGGCAGUUGCUGAGUACACAAUCCAAAUCAUCAAAAAGAUGCAACGCGACCACAUCAAGUCAUGGGUUCCACGACAAGAUAUCACAGAUCAAUUCAACGAGCAUGCGCAAGAGUGGAUCAAGCACACAGUUUGGAAAGACGACUGUAGAUCCUGGUAUAAGAACAACGACACCGGGCGAGUCAAUGCCGUCUGGCCAGGUUCAUCAAAUCAAUAUGCUGAGGUGAUCGAGACUCCGCGAUACGAAGACUUUGAUAUCCAGUAUAUGCACAAGAAUCCUUGGGCACACCUGGGUAUGGGCUAUGCGAUGCGUAACAAGCAGUUUCCAGAGGCUGAUGUUAGUCCGUACCUGCAGUUGGGGAACAUUGAUCCUCAGUGGUUGAAGGCUAUUGGGUAUGAGGGGCCAGCGGACGAAGUGCAGAAAGUGAGGGAUAAAAAAGAUGAGCCGGAUGUGAACAGGACGGGAGACGAUGCAGGUCUGGGGCAUGGUGGCGGAAAUACGCUAACAUAA